AUUGUUAGUGUUUUAACACCGCUUUCUCAUUCAGUGUUCCUCAAUGAGGGGUGAAACCCCGUUGCUAAAAUGCGUUUGAGAAUGUCAACUGACAGAAUUUAUCGCUUAAACUGGUCCCGAAUCUCACUUCUCCUUCCUUUCUUCUCCUUUUUGUUUAUUCUUACUCGUGGAGAUAGUUCCAGUUCGUCAGUAGAGGUCCCGAGCUCCAGUCGAGAUGGCCUGAGCACUCCAGGAACACAGUCUACUUCAAGCACAAACUCUAGCAAAGGACAAACAGAUAAUGGAGUAACAGAAUCAUACAUUCAUCAGUGCCCUAGCUUGACCAUGUGUCAGGAUCUGGGACCAGACUGCAUCACUUGUAAUUUCAGUAGUUCAUGUAUUUAUGGCCAAAUUCACACAGUGACCUGCAAAGCUAAGCAGUUCAUUAAUUGUACGGGUCCAGAAAAAUUUGAAAGGCAGUUAGAAUGUAGGUUUUGUUACCAGCUGGAUCCAUCGAACUAUACUUGCAAUUCCUCGACUUCUUGCCGAGUUGUUGCAGCACCAAGACAGAAGUAUGUUUCAACGUGUAAAGUUAAAGAGCCAGUAAUGUGCUUAGGAAAUCGCAGUUUUUACAAAUACCGUUUGUGUAAUUGGACCAGCGGUUACCGUUGGAGUGUAGCUCUCUUGUUAAGCAUUACUCUUGGUGGAUUUGGUGUCGAUCGAUUUUACCUUGGUCUUUGGGAAGAAGGAAUUGGCAAGUUAUUCAGUUUUGGGGGUCUUGGUGUAUGGACAAUUAUUGAUGUUAUUCUCAUAGCCAUUGGCUAUAUUGGUCCCGCUGAUGGAUCUCUCUAUAUAUACUGAUGUUUGUUUUUUAUGUAUUGUUGGAAGUCAGAAUGUAAUAAGGUGAAUGUGUUGUGGAUUACAAGCGAAGCAGUAAAUCUUAUGAAAGAACUGCUUACAUUACAAUGUUAUAACUUUCUUGGGAAAAGUAUGAAUGCUGCCAUUGUCCAUGUGACAUUUUACAUGGUUAGAUCCAUCUUAAGUCCAUUAUGUGUGUGUUGUCAUUGUACAGUUUGGCACCUGCAUCAUUUUGAGAAAGUUUUGUGCGUGUGUGAAAUUUUGUUUAAAUCAAUUUUGGUGACUAACGAAACUUAAUCAUGAGUGUCCAGCCAAUAAAAUUAUAUAAAUACAAA